UGCUCAAGGUCCAUGUAUCUCUGAACAGCUAUGAAAGGGCUUCCUGGAAGAAAAAAGAUCCAUAAAACAAGAACAAAACAGGACCAAAAAUAUGUGCCCCAACUCAUAUAACUCCACCUUACCAGAAAGAGGAGGAACAUGGACUAGCAGGCACUGAAAUCUAUAAGAGUGGACACUGCAAUUUUGCAAAGUCAUUGAACCCUGAGCUCACUUGCAGUCCAAGGGAAGCCAUGCUGGACGAAGAUGGAUACAUCACUUUAAAUAUUAAAAAUCGAAAGCCAGCUCUCACCUCAGUUGACCCUGCUUCCUCACCUCUGUGGCGUGUGACGGCUUUGAUUCUGCUGGUCUUGUGCAUGGGGUUAGUUGUUGGGCUGGUGGCUCUGGGAAUGAUGUCUGUCAGAGAGCUAAACCACCACCAAGUGGAGAAUAAAAAUGUCUCAGGAACUCUGCACCAAGUAGCAAAGAAGUACUGUCAAUAUUUAAUAAAACAAUUGGAACAAAAGAACAGUGUCAGCCAUAAAUGCAGCCCAUGUGACAGAAACUGGAGAUAUUAUGGAGAGAGCUGCUAUGGAUUCUUCAGGCACAACUUGACAUGGGAAGAGAGUAAGCAGUUCUGUAUUAACAUGAAUGCUACUUUGCUGAAAAUUGCCAGUCAGAACGUUCUGGAAUACAUGAAGUCCAGGACUAGAUUAAUUCGUUGGGUUGGAUUGUCCCGCAAGAACUCUACUGAGGUCUGGAUGUGGGAAGAUGGCUCUGUGCCCUCCAAAAAUGUCAUUUCAGACAUGCAGGAGGAAGACACAUACGCCUCUCUUCAGUGGGAUCCCCCAACACCAAGCCCUUACCAGAAACAUCUGUCUUCUGUCAAAUAUUCAGGAGCAUGGUGUCUGGUGGUGGUGAUCUCAUGUAUUCUCUGCGUGGGCUCAGUAACAACCUCUGUUUUCUUGGGGAUCAAGUUGUUCCAGGUGUCCACUAUUGCAAUGAAGCAGCAAGAAAAACUCAUCCAUCAGGAUAGAGAACUGUUGAACUUCACACAAUGGAAGAGAAACCAUAACCUUCAGAUGAAAUGUUGCCAAACCUUGAGGCAAAAGUCUUUCAGUUCAGCCCAUAACUGCAACCCUUGUCCAAACAACUGGAUUCAGAAUGGAGGAAGUUGUUACCGUGUCUUUGAAAACUGGAAAUUUUGGCACACCAGUAAAGAGGACUGUUUGAAGGAGGGUUCUAAUCUUCUGCAAAUAGACAGCAAAGAAGAAAUGGACUUUAUCACUGACAGCCUGAGUAAUGUCAAAAAAGGCUAUGAUUACUGGGUGGAGCUGUCUCAUGAUGGACUCAGCAGACCUUGGCUUUGGAAAAAUGGCUCCCCUCCUUCACCUUCCCUAUCACCAGUACAGACACUCCAAUCAACUGACCAGCUCUGUGGAUAUCUCAAGGACAAGUUCCUUUCUUCCACUAACUGCAGCAAUUGGAAAUAUUUUAUCUGUGAGAAGUAUGCGUUAAGAUCCUCUAUCUGAAAGAAAUUGUACCAGGAGAAAUCUAUUAUGAUAGUUAUGUUGAACAGGACAUUGGAAAACCUGCCACAAAAUUCCAUAAAGCAGAUGCAGAAGUGAACCUAUGUGUGGGCUAUGAUACCACCUACCUGGGACUCAAAACCUAUCUUUAUACUUACACUUGGCAAUUUUCUUCAAUACUUUCCAGAACUUCAAUUGACAUUGUUUAAAUUGCCAAGAAUGAAACCAAUUUAUAGCUUCAGAGGACGAAAUCUUGAAAGGUUGAGAACAAACUGAAGAAAAAUAAUUUCU